AUGAAAAGUAAUUCAUUCCUUUCCUUAUUUUACAGGGACAUCAAACCUGACAACAUACUACUGGAUGAGCAUGGACAUGUUCAUAUCACUGACUUUAACAUAGCAACCAUAGUGAAAGGCUCAGAAAAAGCAUCUUCUAUGGCUGGCACAAAACCCUAUAUGGCUCCAGAAGUGUUCCAGGCCUUUAUGGAUGGAGGUCCAGGAUACUCAUACCCAGUGGACUGGUGGUCGCUAGGAAUUACAGCAUAUGAAUUACUGAGGGGUUGGAGACCCUAUGAAAUUCAUUCAUCCACCCCUAUUGAUGAGAUACUGAACAUGUUCAAGAUAGAAAGAGUUCACUACUCAUCUGCAUGGUGCAAGGGCAUGAUAGCACUACUGAAAAAGCUCCUCACUAAGGACCCGGAGUGCCGUCUUUCAAGCCUUGCAGACAUCCAAAGCUCUCCAUACCUAGCUGAUGUAAACUGGGAUGCUGUUCUAGAGAAAGCUGUGACCCCAGGCUUUGUUCCUAAUAAAGGAAGAUUGAAUUGCGAUCCUACAUUUGAACUUGAAGAAAUGAUUUUAGAGUCCAAGCCUCUCCAUAAAAAGAAAAAGCGACUUGCCAAAAACAAAGCCAAAGAUGGAGCUAAGGAAACCUGCCCACUGAACAUGCACCUGCAGCAGUGCUUGGAAACUGUUAGGAAAGAAUUCAUCAUAUUCAACAGAGAGAAAUUGAGAAGACAGCAGGACCAAAGUGGACAGACUUCCAGCAUGGACAGCAGAGCAUCCCUUCAGAGCCACGAGAAACUCCAAGAUGGACGUAACAACAAUUUACUGGGACACGGCUGCACACGAGGCUGCAGCAGCUAG